CCCACUUUCCCUAGUAAGCAUAUACAUUGCAUUGUGUGUCCGGUUAUCAUUUUCAUUAACUCUUUUCGUUCUAGGAAUAGCAAGACGAACAAACAGAAAGCUGCCGUGGCAGAGAGCAAUGGGCCUGUGUAUGUGGAGAUCCAGCAGAACAGCUUGGACAUGUAUUUAUAUCUGCGUGCAAGUUCCUGGACACCACACUUUCCUUUCCCCCAGACAAGAUGCCACUCUUUCAGAUGUACAGAUGGGCGUUUGUCCCUGAGGUUGACACAGAGGCCUGUGUUAUCCCCACAGAAGUGGUAGAGAACCAUCAAGAAUGCAAACCUCAUGUUGUUCGGAUAUUGGAACUCAUGAAGUUCCGGUUUGGG